AUGACCUGGAACGAGGGCCACUCCUGGACUCUGGACAUACCCCUGCCGGCUGGCAAAGUGACCUUUAAGGUGGUCAUGCAGGAGGCAAAUGGCGGUGUGCGCUGGGAGACCAGCACCGGCAACAGGGCAGUCACGCUGCCCGCCACCACUGAUGCCGCCACACCUGUGGGCAGCGUGGGCGUCGCUUGCAGCUGGGGCGAGAUUAGCGACACGCGCGUCAAGGCCCUCCCCGACAGGAGCUUCCUGCGCUCACGGCUGGACGCCCUGGAGGGGCGCGCCUCAGCGCUCCGGCACCAGCAGAGCCGCACCGUGCUGCUGUCGGGCCCGACGCACUCUGCGCCAUCAGUGCCAGACGGGGAGGUGGGGCUAGCAGGUACUGCGUGGACGCCAGGUGCUGCCGUGCCCAGCGGCGUGGGCGAGCGCGCCCUUGGCGCGACGGUGGAUCAGCUGCUGCAGGUCGCGCAUGAGGCACUCGACCGUGGGGACUCCAGUGCCGGCGCGAUCGCACUGGGCGCCGCAGAGUGCGAGGCCGAGGAGCCCACUUCCCUCUCGCGCUGCUGCAUACUCCUGGCGGUGUCACAGGCCGCCACUGCCGCCCUGGAGAACCAGGUCAAUCUGGCUGCAGCCUGGGCAGCCAGCAAGACACAAGCCUCCCUGCUGGCGGACGAACCUGCCGCGCCUGUCGGUCCCGCCAUGCCUCAGCUGCGCGACUCUGUGUUCAGCGACGAGGCCCCUCCGGCCACAACCUCCCCGCAGACCGCCGCAGGGCAGGCUGGCAAGGACCCCGCCGGCCCGGCGGCGGCCCUCGUGCCCACCCCAGAGGAUCAGGGCGGGGCACUCAUGUUCAGUGCCGACAGCCUUCGAGCUGAGGUGGAUCCCCACGUCAUGCUCCGGGCGGUCCUGGAGCGCACCACCAGGUCUGCAGCUGGGGCCACCAGCGCGCCAGCAGCAGCGGCUGCAGCGUAUCUGGAAACGGAGCUGCGCUCCACACCCACGGAGGUGGAGGCCCCGCCCCCCGAAGUGCAGCACAGCAGCGCGCCACAGACGGCUGAGGUCCCCGCGGCCGGGCGUGUGGCCACGGUGGCGGCAGCCUCAAACGUUGUCCUUUCUGUUGACGCGCAAAGCAGCACUGGUACUGCAGUGGCCCGCCCUACACAGGUGGUGCCGGCCCCCAGCGGCGCCGGCCCUCAGCGACAGCAGCUGCAAUCUCUUCUGGGCGGCAUCGAGGCCAAGGCUGACGCUUGCCGCACCCUCACCGCCCAGAUAGCUCAGGGCAGGGCUGCCAAGCGUGAUGCGGCUCUUGAGGUGGCCGCAGCACCUACAGUUGCCACCAUUGCGAGCCUCAAUGACGGGCUCUUUGCGGCGCGGGCCUCGGCGCUGGCUGUCGUGGUGGCGAUGCUGAUGUCGUCAGCUGGCCGCAGGAUGGGCGCAUGA